AUGGGAACCGAGGUGUUGCGCCCCCAGGACUGCCUCGUCCGCCCUUCCCCCACCCUCCGAAACCACAAGCCCCUUCGCAGGAGGAGGGACGCCUCCCCCAAGGAGCCGGCCAAGCCCCGCUCCCUCGCUGGCGCAGCCCGUCUGGCAAUGGGACGGGUGACGAUCCUCCGCCGGGGCGAGUCACUGGAGGCCAUGAUGGCGAAGAAGGGCGAGCCGACGUCCACUCCCGUCGCCGACUUGGACCGCGCGGUGUUAGGCGCGGAACCGCUGGGUCCGGAUCCGGCCACGAUCCCCAGGGAAUUUCGGCUUCUGCCGCCUGUGGCCGCGCCGCUGCUUCCGGACGACAUGGACGCGGCAACCGGGUUCGUUCUCUCGCCGUCGCCUCGUGCUCUGCCGCUGCCGCGCUUCUCGAGGAGGAAAGAAGGAUCCCCGGCGACGGCGGCCGUGGUGGAUUGCUCGGCCACCAGGGACCUGCGGCGGUUGCUUCGGCUGGAAUGA